ACAACUUUUCUUUCUCUCUCGCAAAACCUCUCUCCAAUGGCGUCUUCUCUCUUCUUCAUCAUCUUCUUCCUCACUUCCCUCUCACCCUCUCUCCCUCGCUCAGUUCUCUCAGCCACAGUAGUCGAAGACCUCGCAAACCUCACUCCACCUCCUGACUUCACCAACACCAUCACCCAAAACUGCAUCCACAACCCACUCCUCCGCUACUGCAACAACACUUCCUCCUCCUCCUCCUCUCCCAUGGACAUCCUCGAGAUCUUCCGCUCCACCAUCGUCGCUAGCCACCUCUGCAACGAGUCCAAGAACCCUAACUGCGUCGACUCCUUCCCCAAAAUCAGAAUCCACAGCCGCCCCAAAACGGCCGCCCUCUACCUCUCCUUCGACUUCUUCUGGAAGUACUGUCCCUUAACCGUCGUCGAGAUCGACCUCGUCAACAACUCUCUCAACAGCGAGUUCCCCACGAACGUCCUCUCUUGCGCUCAGAUUCGUACCCUUGAUCUUAGCUACAACCAGUUCUCCGGUUUAGUCCCGGUUCAAAACCUCUCCGGUUUAACAAACCUAACACAUUUGAACCUCUCUUACAACCGAUUUUCCGAGGAUAAUAAGAUCUCCGACUCCGAGUUCUUCAAACGUUUCAACGCCUCCAGCUUCAUACACUCCGGUGUUCUCCCCGAUGCGAAGCGUUACAAGAUGAAGAUCCUCGUCUUGCUGAUCGUGUUUCCCAUAACGGUGAUCCUCCUCUGUUUCUGCUUGGGGUGGAUGUGUCUCAAGCGACCCGAUUACUUACCGAGAACGUUCCGGAGGAGAAGCCACAAGUUCACGUCCGCGAUGAUCGACGCGGCGACGGACGAGUUUUCGGACCAGAAGCUCGUGAGCAAGAGCAGCGGGGUGGAUAUCUACAGAGGGACGCUGAGAGACGGGAGGGAGGCGAAGAUCGAGGUUUAUACGGAGAAGGUUUCGAAAGAGAAGAGGCGCGAGUUCGCUGAGGAGUGCGAGGCGGUUUUUAGGUUGAGACACAAGAACUUGGUGAGGGUUUUGGGUUGGUGUGAUGGCAGAAGCUUGAGAGCUUUGGUUACUGAGUGGACUGAUGGAGAGAGUCUCGAGGCUUGGCUGAACUCUUCGCUAGCUUCUUCGUGGAGAAGGAGGCUAAGAGUGGUUAUGGGGGUUGUGGAUGGUUUGUUUUAUGUGUCGGGACAUUGGCCUGAGGUUACACUUGGUCUUAGCACGAGCAGUGUUUUGUUGUCGGAUAAGGAUCAAGAACCGUUGAUCUCUCAAUUCAAGAUUGGAGAUGGAAACAACUCGUCAUCAACAAAUAUAUUCAACUUUGGAUUGUUUCUUUUGGAGAUGAUUACGAAUCUAAGACCUGAUGAGGCACAAGAAGAUUCAGACAGGAGGUAUCUUGAGUACAUAAGAGUUCAUUAUCCGGAUAAUCUAGAGAGAGUGAUUGAUGAGAAGAUGAAGAUUGAAGAGAGGACGUUGGAGAAAGUUAAGCAAGGGAUUACACUUGGACUUAUGUGCACUGAUAAACCACCACUGAAGCAACCGAGCUUGACUCAGAUCUAUGACCUGGUGGUUUCUUUGUAUGAGUCUAGCUCAAGGCAUCAUCACUGAGAUAGUGUAGCUAGGUUUAGGGUUUGCUGAAGAAUUUUUAAGCUUUACUGUUCAGUUUUA